AUGUCUCCACCACUCUUCGAGGUCAUGCGUCAGCAUCAAAUGAAGGAUCCUACGGAUCAAGCAGAAUCCCGGGUAUUACCCUCUAGAGAUGUGACUGACGAGACAAUUGAUGAUACUUACGUUAUGUUUAUUUUGUAUUGCAACCCUAAUGUCCCUUCCUCUGUUGAUACCUCCGAGCUGAGGAAGACCUUUCGCUGCCCUCCACGCAGCGACGGCAAAAGCUUUAGUGUCUUCCGUUUAUUUGAGCUCAUCCGCAGGCUUGAUAACAAAGAGCUCAAAACGUGGAUCCAGUUGGCAAUCGAGCUCGGAGUGGAACCUCCUUCAAUGGAAAAGAAGCAAAGUACUCAGAAGGUUCAGCAGUAUGCUGUCAGGCUCAAGCGAUGGAUGCGUGCUAUGCACGUAGAUGCUUUCUUCGAGUAUUGCUUGGGUCAUCCUCAUGCGUACUACACUCAGCUUCCACCCUCCGGCCCUUUCGUGAGCGAAUCCCGCGACGGCGUACCACUGGAGGAGGAUUUGGCGCUGCGAGCUUUGGUUCCUCAGUGGAAGCCUAAACGUGGCAGAAAGAGAGCCGAGGAAAAAGAACUUGAAGAGGAAAAAGUUACCAAAAGGCCCCAGCUAGACACUUCUGUGGCAGCGUUGCACCAGGGAAGCUUUCAGGACCACUCGGUUACAUUUCCACAGAGCGCUAUUCCUUUCAGUGCAUACCCUGACACUGAUGGCCACGAUCCAUGGAUGACGGCGUCCUCUGCAUUUCCCCAGGCGGGUGCAUCAGACCAACACGGACAAGAACUUCGCUGGAGGCUCCCAGAGCGAGACACAUCGCCAGCUGAUUAUCCCCAGUCAGCUAUCAUUCCAAGAGGAAACCAACCUGCUGAUGUUAUAAUGUCAGCUGAGCCGAUGUCGGCUGUCACGCCAUCUUUGAGCGAAAGGAACCGUAUUCGACGGCGACAUGGCCCGGCUGUUUCAUCUGCGUGGCCGAGUAACAAUGGCUCAUCGACUGGCAAGAGUCGAGGGAGGCCACCCAGUAAGCCAUCGGUAUCAGGGUCAUUCUCCACCUUUCAAGUCAACCCUAGUCGAGAAUCUUCACAAAUUCCGCAAGGAUCUAACGUUCUAUCUUCUCCAUUCCCGGUUGACCACAACUCUUCAACUUCAAUCCCAACCUCUUACAACCAUUCACCCACCCCAGCCAACAAUGGAAGACCGGGUAAGCUUCAGUUGCAGGUUCCUCAACAUCUGGGAGCCCCUGUGAGGUUAGCAACACCCCCGACGCUGUUGGUCAAUGGAGUAAAUGGUGCAGACAUACCGCAAGCGGAGGGACCUCAAGACCCUCAACCUGGUGAUAAAGGAGUCCCCGUUGAGAGCCAAGGCCUUGAGCGUUCCGACUCAAUCAUCCCUACGAAUGAAAUAAUUCGCGCUUUAUCCUAUGAGCUUCCCCAAGCUCGUAUUACAGGGAGGGCGGUACCCCUGAAUCCUGAAGAAGCCCAUGGUCUGGCUUCAGAAAUGGUGGCAAGCUUUUUGACCAUGCAUUCGCAUCUGCCAGGUGGUCUUCCAUUUCCUCUUCUGGCUUUCUACCUCGGUGUCGGCCAUCACUUCGAUAAUCCAGCACCUAAUCCGGUAAUGAUCGUUAUAAAUGCCCAUUCCAAUUCUACAACUACCCAUGCCGGUAGCGGGACUCAGGCAUCUAAUAACGGAACAAAAUUCACCGUCUCGCUCGAGUACAGCCAAUCAUGUCAUUUGUCUAUGCAGAUCGCCAUUGGAACUCAAAACCGACCCACAGCAAUUUCUGGCUCUUUCAGUGGGACUAUGAUAACAACACACCCUCCCGAAGCCACUGGGGAUAAUCUCACAGCCGAAUUUGAUUUUGAAGAAGAAGAUCUGAAACAUACUGUCUCCGAAACAACCUGGAGACAAAGAUACCUCAAGCUGCGAGCACAGAUGCAGAAGAAGGACCGUGCUUUGUCCCAAUACAAACGCAACAUCGUGGAAUCGGUUAUGGCCGAUAUUUAA